AGACACCCAUAAAUUAGAUCGCACUGUGCGGGUUCGAUUGUAAGAAAAAACGCGAUUGCGGUUGUGCGUAACCGCGUAUCGAUGUUUUUUUUUCAGUCGUUGACGGAUUACAAUAAUUCAACCCGACAGUAAUCAUCGCGAUUCAUUUUAAAUUACAAUUUAUAGGUAUACCUAUACACCUAUUUAUUUACCUAUCCGAUAUAUUGCGUGAAAUAAUUUGCGCACCGUCGCCAACAAACGUAACCGGAAGCCGGCGGGCGGGCAGUCGCGAACAUCGGAAUAACGGACGUUUCCGAGUGCAGCUAACGAUAACGGGAAUCACAGUGAUAAGCAUUAGGUAAUGAUUAUGCGAUAAUUAAUUUCUUGAAUAAUAAUAUUAUUGUUUACAAUUUUAUAAUAUUUUAUUAUUUACAUACUUUACGACGUCUGUGUUAAAAUACUGUUACCGGUUACUGUUACCAUUUUUUUUAAUACGUAAUCAUAUUAAAUCAGAAAUUCUGAUCGAUUAUUCACAAAUUCGCAAUGAAUUCAACCUCAAAUCUACUCACUAAAAACCUAAAACCGUUACCAAUUCGCAAUCCAUUUGGUCGAGUAAAAAAAAUGGGUGUGGACAUCGACAGUGUUAUAAACGAAAUAAAAUUCGAUCAAAAAUUAAUAAGUGUGUUUAACACGUACAACAAAUACAUAAAUUUUCGGUUUGAUUAUGUUAUUAGAACAAGUAUCACUCAGUUACCUGAUGAAUUGAAUCAUAAUGUUAAAGAUUCUGAAUUUGAUUCAAGCCAACAAAUUUUAAUAGAUAGUAUUAAUAGUAACAACAGUUUAAAUAAUGUUACAAAACUGCGAGAAGAAUUAAAAACUUUAACUACACAAGUAAAUUUGAAAAGAAAAGAAUUGAGUAUAAUAACUAUUAAUGAGGAUGGAUUAAAAAAAAAUAUUAAACACUUAGAAGAUAUAAUAUCAAUAAAGAAAAAUGUUAUUAGCGAAACUGCCAGCUAUGCAGAAAUUAGAUGUAAUGCAAAAGAAAAAAUUCAAAAAGAGUACAAUAGAAUAAACAAAAAAUAUAUUAAAAUUUUAAGUCAGUUAAAUAAGUCAAAUAAAAUGACAAAAUCAAAUAACGGCAAUGAAACUAGUAAAGAUAUGGAUUAUGGAGAGCGAACAAACAAUAGGCUAUUACGAUAUGAAGAUAAAAUUAAAAAAAUGGAUGAUAUUAUAAAAAUAGCCAGUGAUAGUGCAGAGAAAUUAUUGCAAUAUCAAAUUGCUUUACAGACUUCUAAUAAUCGCUUAAAAAUAUUUAAUGAGCAAUUAAAUAACCAAAUAAAAAAUAAACAAGAAGUUUCAACAUUAUUAAUACAAAACGAAAAGAGAAUUAAUCAAUUGAAAACUAAUUUAUCUAAUUUGGGAGUUUUAUCAAGCAUAGAAAAAAGUAGAGUCAAUAUAUCAUCAAAUUUAAUUGGAAAUGAUAAUUUAAAAAAAGAAUUUUUGGAUUUACAAAAUAUGAGAAAUGAAAUUUUAAGCUCACGUCCUAGAGGAAUGUUUAAUCCUAAAUAUCAAAAGGAAAAUAAUGUAUUUAAAGAAGAUAUCCGAAAGUAUUUAGAAAACGAUGAAGCAAUUGAUUCAGUAGAUUAUUUAAUUGAAUUAAAAAAUAAUAUGUGCAAUAAUAAUUCAAAUUUAUUAAAUUUUAUUCAAACGAAUUCAAAUGAAACAAAAAUUUUUUGGAAAUGUCUAUCAACAUUAAGUAAAAGUGAACUGAAAAAAUUGUUGGUACAUUAUUUCAUCAAAGUUGUGGAUUUAAAAGAAUCUGGGCGAGAAAACGAUGAAAUAAUAUCUAAACUUGAUACAAUAAAUGAUAGACAAAGGCAUACUAUUGUGUCUUUAAAUAACAAUUAUCAAGAAUUCCAUUUGUCAAUUGAAAAAAAAUUCAUGGAAUUAAAAAAAUAUUAUCAAGCAAAAAUUAAUACGUUAUUCCAACUAGUUCAAGAAGAAAAUAAUGCUAUUACUAUGUUUAAAACAAGACAAGAAAUCAUAGGACUAAAAAAGAAAAUUAUUGAAUUGGAGAAGUUACAAACAGUAAAAUCUAAGGAGACUUCAGUGAUGCCAGAACCUCAUAUUUGUUUAAAUCUUCUAGAGGCAUCAAAAUCAGAAUCUGAAACUAUGUCAUCUGCCAAAGUAAUACACCAUAAAAACAAACUGAAGAUACAAAAAAAUAAAUCCAAAUUGGUUUGACAUAGAUGUUAAAAUAGAAUAUAAUAUAUAGUUAUAUUUCAAUUAAUAAGCAGUGUCCAAUUGUCCAGGCACACUUAGAAUAUAAACAUAAUUAGUAAAAAUACAAAAAUUAUUUUGUCAUCAAUAAUAUAUUAUGUCUCUAUUUAAAAAUAUAAUAAUUAUAAUGCA